UUGUGCGGUCCUCUCUUCCACAGAUCAUCGUCCACCGACAUUUCACCUCAAACGCUCCGAGCGCAGUCAUUCGAAAUUGUGUUACAGGAUCUAGAAGGCCAACACGCGACUUCAACCUAGUCAACCCUCCUGCUAGGACUGCGCUGGGUUAUUCAAGGAGAAGGAAUUAACGCACAAAAUGGUUGCCAGGAAACGAGGCAGGCAAGAGAUAGAGGAGGCUUCUCCGCCGACGACAGCUAAACGGUCCUCGCGGGCCGUAGCUGCAGCGUCGAAGAAGGCUGCUGCUGAACCCGAAGAGCCAUCUACGCUCGAUCGUAUUCGGAACAUGUGGGAAUUUGCGAAUUUGAUGCAGUACAUUUAUAUUUUUGGGAAAGCUGUCAAAAUUGACGAGGAUCUAACCAUCGAGGAUUUGGAAACUGAGUGUCUCAUCCCAAGUCCAUCCCGAAAACUCGCCGAAAUUGGAUUGGCACUUCUAAAAUUUGUUUCAUCACAUCGGGGACUCACUCAUGAUCUUUUUGAUGAAUACACACGUCGCCAGUAUUUAGCGAAAGCGCCAAACCGCAAUCCUUUUGGUGAUGAAGAGACUCCCAAAAGGUUUGACGAUUUUGACGCAUUCACAAAGAUCCGGGUGCUAUAUCAGUUAUCGCAAUGGACGUUGAUCCCCUGCGAACGAAUGAGGGAACGGAUGCCAGAGGUCAAGGAUUCGGAGCAGACACAAUGGCGAGUUGAGGAAAUCGGCUACGAUUCACAUGAACGCCUUUACUUUGUUCUUGACGACAAUCGUUUGUAUCGUCGUACAGAUCCUCCUCUUCCGUCGCCUCCACCACCGAAGCCCAAGGCAAACACGAAGAAAGCAAAAGCUGCAGCCAGGGCUAGCAAACGAAGAAAGCUGGCUGUGGGCGCAGAAGCAGAGGACGAUGAAGAAAUCGGUGCCGUCAACGGAGACUCAGGCGCUACUGACGAUGGAUUUGGCGGGAUGAAAUGGGAAUGCCUAGCUGUGACUGGCGAUGACUAUCGUACUUUCUUGGAAUCUAUUCGGCGAAGCAAGGACGCAGAUGAGAAGUUUUUACAUCAAAGAAUUGUGGAAGAGGUGAUGCCAGUCAUUGAAAAGGCAGAAGAAGAGCAACAGCGCAAAGCGGCGAGGAAAGAAAAGGAAUUGCUCACGCUUCAGAAGCUCGCCGGUGCCAAGCGAUCAAGCAGAAUUGCCAGUCGGUUGGAUAAGCAAAAAGAAGAGCAAGAAGUCAGAGAGGCUGAGGCCAAACGGCAGGCCGAGCUUGUGCAAGCAAAGAAGGAUGAGGAGAGACGAACCAAGAUGGAAGCUGAACGUGAGGCACGUAUGAUGACACGCGAAAAGCGCCUUCUCGAACGCGAAUAUCGGCGACGACUCCAUGAGGAGGAACUUGCGAAUCUCUCACAGGGGAGCGAGAAUGUUGAACCUGGUCAGGGGCGCAAGUCCGAGAGGCACCUUCAGGCAGAAAAGGAACGACACGAAAAAGAGCUGGAAAAAAUUGCGCAAGAAGACGAGUGGUUUUUUGACUGUUCCGGCUGCGGUGUACACGGCGACAAUGUGGAUGACGGAACACAUAGCGUCGCUUGCGAGAAAUGCAAUGUCUGGCAACACAGUGCCUGCUUGGGCGUUUCGCGCGAGGAGGCUGAGCGUGAGGAUUUCCACUUCAUCUGCAAAGACUGUCAACGACGGAUUGAAGAUGCGAAGAAACCCAAGAUUCCUUCGCUCAAAUUUCGCGUUGGGCCUUCGUCCUCGCCACCUGCUGCUCAUCAUAUUUCCUCUUCCUUUGACGAAGAUGUUGCCAUGGCCGACAUUGAGAAUCAAGCACCCGCGGCUUCACCUUCUAAGAGCACCAGUCACCAUCACCACCAUCACCAUCCUCCUCCGUCAAGCCACCAUUUGACUCACCCAGGACCCAGGCUUCACAUCUUGCCACCACAUCCACCCGUCUUUGGUCAAGCCAGGCAGUCCACUAAUGUGGGCUCGUCUCCUCUUGGGGUGCUGAACGGACCCCGCCUUUCUCCUCAAGGCCAGACUCAGGGUCCACUCUUUGGUGCCCAUCAAAACGGUCAUGCAGCACUCGGCGCGGGAUCUCAUCAAAAUGGCUUUGCACGCGAGCAUGCCCAAGAGUCGGCCCUAGGCUCCUUUGGCUUGUCAUUUGGCCCUUCUGGCCACGCCAAUUCUCGACCAGGCUCUUCGUCCGGUGUCAUCGAAGAACGUGGACAUCAUAUCGCAGCACAUGGUAUCCCGAAUGGAGUAGCUGCUAGUCCGUCGAAGAGCGCAAACGGAAACAGUAUUUGGCGCAGCAGUCCGAUCACUGGAAGUGGCGGUGGCGGAGCUCAUCAUGGUGCAUUCACGGCCUCUCCGAAUAAUAGCUUCUUUGACUCUUUUGAUCGGCAGCGCAGGCCAUCGUUGUCGUCGCAAGGUCAACCACAAUCCCCUGUCCCAUCACCGGUGAAGUCUAGAUCGUCGCCGCCGGCGCCGAACAAAGAUGUUGGAAAAUUGGAAUUCCCCGAACCAGGCAGUCCAAGUCUUCCACCAUUGGCACCUUCUACAACGCGGCCGGUAGCUAUUUCGCCCGUCAAACGAUCUUCGUCUCCGGUGCAGCAGCCGCUUCCUCGUGCGCCGUCGCACCCGCCGCAGCAAGCCCUACUAUCUUCGCCGAUUUCAGCACCUUCAGCCAUACCCCCUGCAAGCUCUGGAAUUUCGCCGACCAAGCAUUCUCCACCUCGACGCCCGAGUCAAAGCCGUGUUGGAUUACCAUCCGGCGUUGGAAGCGGUAGUCUUGGUGAGGGAGCAAACGGGUCAAAGACUCGGACCCCUGUUGUUGUACCACCUGUCGCUUCUUUGUCUCCGAGCCCACCACCACAACAAAUAAUGACUCCUCCACACAAGUCACUGCCGCCAAUGCAGGAACAGUCUAAAGGCGACGUCAAUAACCCAGGUCUUUGAUCUUGUCAUUGUUUAUGUGUGGGAACCACGCGGCAUUAUAAUGGCAAAUAACCCGCUCGACGAAUCGGAUCGAUCUCAGACUUUCGGACCCGAGAUGUCAACUUUAUUGUCCUCACCCCUACCAUCUCGAUCUAUACUGCCGGCCAAGCCUCACAAGGCGCCUGUUUCAUUGGGGUUAGGCCGGAAACAAUCUCUAAAUUAGAUUCUGCUUGCCAUUCAUUCUGCCUCUUACGACAGAAAAAACUCAUCAAACUAACAAUCUCUCUGUGCUAGCGCUGAUCGCCGUGCAUGCUCAUGCAUAUGCAGGUUGUAUCUGGUUU